AUGAAUUACGAUCUAGCAUCAACAUGGAGCAAGCUUGAAACUGCUAUUGGCAGCGAGCCAAUUCUUACUCCCCCCCCUCCGUGAGUGAACAAAACCAUUAGAAAAAUCGCUAUUUUUUGCCCCAAAAAACCCACCUUCCGUGAGUGAACAAAAAUUUUUUUAAUAAAAAAAAUUUUUUAUGGAAAAAAUUUUUAAUAUAUAAAUGAUAAUUAGUAUAAUGAAAUCUAGAGCUAAUUCUAUUUAAUUUUAAACAAAUUGCUUUUUAAAACAUAAAUUUUAUAAAUUAAAUUAAUAUUUGCUUUCCAAUUUUUGCGAAUUAGGAUUUUUUUAAAUUUCGAAAAAGAAUAUUUUUUUUAUAAAAUUUAUAUAUAAAUUUUUUUUAAAAAAAAAAAAUUAACCCCCCUCCGUGAGUGAACAAAAUUUUUUUGUUCACUCACGGAGGGGGGGGGGAGAGUUAGAGAAACUCCAGAAAAAAAGCCAAUGCGACCUAAAACUGGAAGACCACGAACUGGAUCAGGAUCAUUAAGAAAAAAUAGUUCUUUGGUAUUUAGCAGUUUGACAAGCCCAAAAUCUCAAUUUUCACAAACCGUCAGAGUAAGGCCUCUAACUGCUCAAUCGCCUCGAUAUUUUAAACACUAUGCAGCCCUAAAAAUAGAAGGUUUUACUUUAAACGAUAUAAGGAAAAUCUAUCAAGCUAAAUGCAAUGAUAUAAAUAUCCCUGUAUUAGUCGAUCAAGAAAUGAGAUUUAUCUCAUACUGUGAAAAAAACUUUAAAAAUCGAAUUAUAGAUCUUACUCCCCAUCCGUGAGCAAAAUAAAAAAAAAAUUGUCGCUUACAGAGGGGAUUUCUUUUUUAAAAAAAUUUAUAUAUAAAUUUUAUGUUAAUUUUUUUUUUUUUAAAUUUAAAAAAUUACAACUAGUAAACAUUAACUUAACUUGUAUAUUAUACUAAUAAAUCACUGAUAUAUCAAAUUUUUUUCAUAAAAAAUUUGUAUGUCAAAAAAAUUUUUUAUUCGCUCAAUGAAGGUAGGUUUUUCGGCAAAAAAGGCGGAUCUUUCCAAUGGUUUUGUUCACUUGCGGAGGGGUGGGGAGUUAGAGACAACGGAAUUGGACCCUUAAGUGCUCAUGUACUCGGCUCAGUUUUAAAACGUGAUGAAAGCUACUGUCAGCUGUUAUUAGGGAAGAACGUUAUUGGAGAUAAAGGUGCAAUUGUUUUAGGCAAUUCUUUACAGAAAAAUGCAUCAAUUAUUCAUAUAGAUAUAAGUAGCAAUGACAUCAAUCCUGAAGGAGCCAAAUCGUUUUUUGACUCUAUUGCCAACCACCCUACAAUUGUCAGUCUAAAUAUGUCAUCUUCUGAAGGACUGCAUAGGAAUAGGAUUGGAAACACUGGCUCUGAGCCUUUAAGAAACUUGCUUAAACAAAAUAAAUCAUUGGCGUUUUUAAAUGUAUCAAGAACUGCUUUAGGACCAGAUGGAAUCGAAUUUAUAAUAGAAGGAUUACAAAAUAAUGAGUCUCUGUUGUCAUUAGACAUAUCAAAUAAUAUGCUAGAUGCUAAAAGUAUUGAAAAUUUGUGUUUCUCCCUAGUCACAAGCAAAGUCAUAGAGCUGAAUUUAUCUGGAAAUAACCUGGGAAGCGCAGGUUGUGACCACUUACAAACAAUGCUAUGUGGAGGGCUAUCUAUGGCUUGCUAUUUACAAAAGUUAGAUGUAUCUUAUAAUGAAAUUAAUUUUAAAGGGCUUGCAAAACUUGCAAAUGGCUUAAGAAACAACACAAUUUUGAGGACUCUGAACUUAGAAGGAAACCCCCUGUGUGGGAAUUCUUCAACUGGGGUAUUUACUCUUAUAGCUGGAAAUGUAGCGAUUCAAAAUUUGAAUUUGAAUAGUUGCCAAUUAGGCGAUGAAGGGGUAAACAAAUUAAGCGAAGCUUUAGACAGCAAUAAAGUUCUCUUAAAAUUAUUUUUAGCUUCAAAUGAUAUUGAUGAUAAUGGUGGACUUGUUAUAGCUGAUGGCUUACUCCCCCCCUCCGUGAGUGAACAAAAAUUUUGUUCACUCACGGAGGGGGGUUAAUAUUUUUUUUUAAAAAAAUUAUAUAUAAAUUUUAUAGAAAAUAUUUUUUUUCGAAAUUUAAAAAAAAUCCUAAUUCGCAAAAAUUGGAAAGCAAAUAUUAAUUUAAUUUAUAAAAUUUAUGUUUUAAAAAGCAAUUCGUUUAAAAUUAAAUAGAAUUAGCUCUAGAUUUCAUUAUACUAAUUAUCAUUUAUAUAUCAAAAUUUUUUUUCCAUAAAAAAAAUUUUGUUUACUCACGGAGGGUGGGUUUUUUAGGCAAAAAAUGGCGAUUUUUCUAAUGGUUUUGUUCACUCACGGAGGGGGGGAGUUAGAAAAAAAUUACACACUUAAGCAGCUAGACCUUUCCAACAACCGAAUUCGCAGGAAAGGAGGAAUUGCUCUGGCAAAUGCAAUAAAAAUCAACAUGACGCUUGAAAACUUGAAUUUAAAAGAAAAUAAUAUAAAAGAUGACGCUGGACAGCUAUUCUCAGAACUAUCUCGAGUAAAGCAAAACAUUCUUAAACUUUCUUUAGAUUUAAACCCUAUUGGCUUUAAAUAUCUUCAAGACAUAGAGUGCAAUGUCAAAAAAAAUCGAACAAUUUUUAAGCAAGGAGUCGCGCCAAAAAUUAAAGAAAAAAUAAAGAGAUUGGCGCUUUCUGAUGCACAGAUUGACCAGAUAAAAGAAGUGAUUGAAAUAAAAAAAAGAGAAAGAGAUGAUAUUAACAUGGGAUUAGAAAAACAAACACAAAGAUUCAAUAGAAUUGAGCAAGAAGAAAAAGCCAAAAUCGAUACCUUAUAUACAGAGCUAGAAGAGAACCGAAACAUCAAUGUAAAACUGAGUGAAGAGCUAGAAAAUCUGCAAUUUGAAACAGUCAACGUGAAAAGGAAAGGCGAUAAAGAAAUCCAAGAAUUAAAUGAUUUGCUAGCAUAUGUUGUUGCAGACAUGAAAAAGCUAGAAAAGCAACGUAAGUUAUAGUCAGGCCAAAGCUCAAGAGAAGAUUUUGCAUUAAGAAGAGGACAAUUUGAAACUAUGAGUGGGCAGCUCAAAGAAACUCAGCAAGUAGUUGAUAUCGCAAAAAAAAGCGCACAAGGAUCUUAUGAUAACAUGAUGAAAAAGCUAAAUGCAAUGAAAGAACAACUUCGAAAAUUGAAAAAUCCUAACGAAGUGAUUGAAGAAAGCAAAGUUCCAAAAUUAGAGGAAAAGCCAGCAUCUAAAACCCCAGUUAUUGCAAACCCUUCCAAAACUCCAAGCAGCUCAAAACCUAAAAAAGAAAAACCUGCCUUUAAGCCUACAAGUGGCACAAAGCAAUCACCUAAGAAAAUCCGUCCAAAAACUGCGAAAUAA